AUGUCUUUCUGUGAUAUUGAUUACGAUGGCUUUCGGCGUUUUCUUGAUGCUUUUCUUGAUUGUGAAACACCCAUAGAAUUGGCGCAACAUUUAUUUGUAUCAUUUCUUAAGGCCAAUGUUAAUAAUGGACAACAGGGCAAGACACUCAAUCAAAUGGCAGCCAUUAGUAGUACGGCUGCCUGUGCUCCUGUUACGGCGCAUACAAAAGGUUCUUUAGCGAAUAUAAAUAGUAUUGUAGAAAUAUCACCCAGUAGUGGUGCGGAAACCACAACAAAUGUUCGUAGCAGUUUUGUGGAUAAAUUACAUCAUGGCAUUACGGAUAAACUACAUUCGUUAAGUGGUCAUUUAACACAUGAUGCUAGUAAAACAGGCUGCGUACAUCCAAUGGUUACUGUUACACCCAGUCCCAUGGCUGCAUUUCAAAAUCCCACAACAACGACUACAACAAAUGCAUCAAUAGCGAAUAAUAACAAUGCAAACGGUCAGAAUGUUGGUGGUGUUGGUGGCUCAACAUUUGCCACAACAAAUGCUCGUUGCUCCACCGACUCAAGUCCUUCACAUUCACAAACCAAUCAUUCCCAAAUGUCACGCAACUCAUCCAAAAAGAGUAACAAUUCGGUUAAUUGUAAAAUAGAUGCGGAUAUUAAAUUAUUAACACGCAAACUUUCACAUUUUGAUCCCUUAACAUUAAAAGUGUCCCUUAAGGAUGUGGUAUGUUAUUUAUCAUUGUUAGAAGCUGGACGGCCAGAGGACAAAUUAGAGUUCAUGUUCCGUUUGUAUGACACGGAUGGCAAUGGUGUUUUGGAUACGGCUGAAAUGGAUGCUAUUGUUAAUCAAAUGAUGGCUGUUGCUGAAUAUUUAGGCUGGGAUGUUAGUGAAUUACGACCGAUACUUCAAGAUAUGAUGGUAGAAAUUGACUAUGAUGCCGAUGGCACUGUUUCCUUAGAAGAAUGGCAACGUGGCGGCAUGACAACGAUACCUUUACUAGUACUAUUAGGUGUCGAUAGUACUGCUUUAAAGGAGGAUGGCAUACAUGUCUGGCGUUUGAAACAUUUUAAAAAACCUGCAUAUUGUAAUCUUUGCCUAAAUAUGUUGGUGGGUUUGGGCAAAAAAGGUCUCUGCUGUGUAUUAUGCAAGUAUACAGUACAUGAGCGUUGCGUUCAACAUGCUCCAGCAUCUUGUAUAACAACAUAUGUCAAAUCGAAAAAGGUCAAGGGCGGCGGUGAUCUACUGCAUCAUUGGGUGGAAGGCAACUGUUAUGGUCGUUGUUCGAAAUGUCGUAAACGUAUUAAAGCGUAUCAUGGCAUUACAGGACUUACGUGUCGUUGGUGUCACAUGAUGCUUCACAAUCGUUGUGCCUCAUCGGUGAAGAAAGAAUGUACUUUAGGUGAAUUUGCCGAAUUAAUUGUGCCUCCAACAGCCAUCUGUCCAGCGGUAUUGGAUCGUCAGCGUUCAGUUAAUCAAGCAAAUAAGAAAUCAUCUACAUCCCAAACACAUCAUCAACAGGCUACACAUUUUCAAAUGACACCACCAAAUGAAACCAGUUGUCCUCUGUUGGUGUUUGUUAAUCCCAAAAGUGGUGGUCGACAAGGUGAUCGCAUUUUACGUAAAUUCCAAUACAUGCUUAAUCCACGUCAGGUCUAUGAUUUAUCAAAAGGUGGUCCCAAAGAAGGUCUGACAUUAUUUAAGGAUUUACCAAAUUUUAAAGUUAUUUGUUGUGGUGGUGAUGGCACUGUCGGUUGGGUAUUAGAGGCCAUGGACUCUAUAGAAUUUGCCACACAACCAGCAAUUGGUGUGAUACCACUGGGUACUGGCAACGAUUUGGCACGUUGCUUACGUUGGGGUGGCGGCUAUGAGGGUGAAAAUAUACCAAAAUUAAUGGAUAAAAUUAAACGUUCCAGUGUUGUGAUGCUGGAUAGAUGGAGCAUAGAAGUGACAAAUAAUCCCAUGUAUGAUGAUAUACCAAAACCAAAGGUGACAUUACACUCAAACAUGCAAAAAGUAUUUGAAUUGUCGCAAAGUGUUGUGGUUGAAAAAUCCUUUAUGGAAAAAUAUGAAGAAGAAGAAAUUCAUCGUAGCAGCAGUUGUAAUACAAAUCUAUGUCAGCAUGACUUUACAACAAUGCAACAACAAGAAUUUAACGAUGGUGAUGAUAAAGAUGUUGCAAUGACAGGACACAAGAUCUCGCAAGAGUUAAGUGAGAAACAGCAGCAGCAAAUUAAAUCAUCAAUGUAUCGAGCAACAACAACAGCAACAACCACAUCAACAGCCUCAUGUAAGACAACAACAAAAAGCAUAUCAAUGUCUACAUUUGAAAUUAAACGUUUACAACAGAACAUGAGACAGGACACUAUGAUUAGUUAUUGUAGUAGUCCAACAACAUCAAACAGUAGCACACAAAGUACCUUAGCAAGACGUCAGGAUGAAGAGAAACAACCGCAGCAGCAGCAUGAAGGAGAAUCAAUAUCAACGUCAUUGCCAGCAGAGAAAAGCAAUUUAACAAAUAACGAUGACGGUGAUGAUGCAUGUCGAGACCAACAUCAACAUAUUGUUACAAAUACUAAUAACAUCUAUGAUAAAGAUAAUAACGAUAAUCAAUUUAAUCAUCAACAUAAUAAUCCGGAUAAUAAUCAGAAUAUUACUUCUGCUGCUACUAAUGAUAAUGAUGAUAAUAAUGUUGUUGCUGCUAAUAAUGAUUAUAAUGAGAGUAUUGUAAUUAUUGACAGUGAUGAAAAAAUUAAUGCAAACCAAUCAAAUGUUAAAACAACUACGACGCCCAAACAUAAAACAUUCAAUUUCAAUGGAAAUUUAACGCUCUACAAUACUAAAAGUUAUAAUGAUGAUAAUGAAAACAACAAGCAGUCCAUAGAACAGUCUGAAAAUGGCAAUAAAAAUGAUGCAUUUGUAAUAACAGAAAAUGAAAAUCUAUCUACACCUACUCAGCAAAAAGCUGCAGCUGAUUGUGCUGCAACUUUGUCGGAACAGCAACGUUCUCCCACACCCGUGCCAACGCCUACACCAACAGCCUCAGAAACUAAAACAUUUAACAUUCCUGUACAAAAGCCUCUUAAAAGUCAAGCAGAAAAGGACUGUACUGUGCCCUACAACAUUAUCAAUAAUUAUUUUUCUGUGGGAGUGGAUGCCGCAAUUUGUGUUAAAUUUCAUUUGGAACGUGAAAAGAAUCCGCAUAAAUUUAAUAGUCGCAUGAAAAAUAAACUUUGGUAUUUUGAAUAUGCAACAUCGGAAACAUUUGCCGCAUCUUGCAAAAAUCUACACGAACAUAUAGAAAUUGUUUGUGAUGGCGUUUCUUUAGAUUUAGUCAAUGGACCACAUUUACAAGGUGUGGCUCUACUCAACAUUCCUUAUACCCAUGGCGGUUCAAACUUAUGGGGUGAGCAUUUAUCGCAAAAACGUAUACGCAAAAGUGCGGGUCCCUUUCGUAAGGGUAAAAAGUUAAAAUCCUCUGAUAAGGAACUAUCAGCCACUAGUUUUAAUUCGGUAGAUUUAUCGGUCGCUACACAAGAUUUUGGCGAUCGUUUAAUUGAAGUUAUAGGCCUUGAAAAUUGUUUACACAUGGGUCAGGUGCGUACGGGUUUACGAGCGUCAGGCCGUCGUUUGGCUCAGUGUAGUGAAGUGAUUAUAAAAACUCGCAAAACAUUUCCCAUGCAAAUCGAUGGUGAACCUUGGAUGCAACAACCUUGCACGAUCAAAGUCACACAUAAAAAUCAAGUUCCUAUGUUAAUGGCACCACGCUCCGAAAAGGGAAAAGGUUUCUUUAACAUGCUGUGCAGUUGAUUUAGGCGCAGCGUUUCAACAAGUUCCAUAUUGCGGCGUGAACAUUUUACAACAACAAUUACUACACCAACACAUUAUACAGAAACCACCGUCCAAAAUAAAGAAUAAAUUAAAUAGCUUUACAAAAUAAAUAUUUAUUAAAAAAAAAAACACUUUAUAUUAUUAAAAAAAAUUUAUU